UGUGGGGGACGCGCGUGGACCGCGAGAUGGACUACCUUGAGACACAGAAUGGGGCGCAGCCCUGCGUGGACGUGGAUGACAAGUUAGUGGAACAACAGGUGACCGUGGUGAAGGAGAAGAACAAGGCCAAAUACGACAAGGCCACAGGUGAGAUGUGGCAGACAUGGUGGCAGACGUGGUGACAUACUGAGGGGACAAAGACACAUGAUUACUUACUAAGAGGAUCAUAGCAAGCCUGGUAAUUAAUUGCACCCACCUGGUGUCCCAGGUCUAAAUCCCUAGAGGGGAAGAAUUAAUCAAUAGAAAUCAGCAGUGGAACUGGCUUCGAGGUCCAUAUUUGAAUAUGCCUGGCAUAGGCCUACUGAAAGGACAAACAUAUGACGUAAACUCAGCAGUAGGGGUAAUGCGAGACCUUGGUUCCUUAACAAGUCUUCUUCUACAUGAUGAGAGGAGAUAUAGUGGGCCACAGGUAUGAGAUGUUGAUAAACAUGUAAGCAGGCCAAGUGUCUUAGCUGCUGUACUGUCAUGUAACUAAGUUAGAAAAUCAAUCUACCCUCAUAUCAGGAUUCUUCUCUCAGAGGCUCUUAUUAAAUAAUUUAAGUGGAUUUCAUUCAAUGUUGUGCUUAACACUUUUCGUUCUACUCUAAAACAUUAAGGUUAGGGUUGAUAACAUAGAGCACACCAUCUGGUUUUCUUGGCAGGCAUAAUUAUAAACCUAGAGCAGGUAUUCAGGAAACUGUUUACACUUGGUUGUUGAAGUACAGGAAGUGGGUGGACUGCACUGAGAUACUGUAUGAGAGCAUGCUGAUGAAGCACAUAGAUGAAGGACUGACUGAAAAUGCGAUGCUGAUUCAAAUAUUAUUCUCUAAAUUAUGCACCACUUUAAUUGUAAUAUCUGCUUUCAGUUGCACUAGAGCAAAAAUUAAUAUGCAGUGACUCAUCAGAUUUAAUUGCCUAUGAUCCUUAUAAAUGUAGCCACACACUUGUAAUUAAAUUGUUUUUUAAUUUCCCCAGUAAUUAAAUCAGCUGAGUGCUGUUGCCUACUAGGGGGGCAUUUUCUUCUGACACAAUCAGGUUGAACAUCUGAAACAUACUUCAGAUCAUGUAAAAGCCUGAGGAGUGAAAAUAAGCUAAAACUAUUUUUUUUUAAUGGAACUAUCCCUUGAACUUUACCUAGUCCCUUAGUAUCACUUCUGGUUGCUUUAUCAAUAUGGUAUGUUGUAGUUUGUCUUAUGAUAUUGGUAUAACAGAUAUCACAGUUCGACUGUAACAAUGUUUACAUUGUAAUUACACUGAACCUGCUGUGUAAUGUUAACUACCAUGUAAAAAACAUGAUUUUAGCCCAACUAAAUUUAAAGUGGGACCAGGAAGGGUCAUGUACCUCUCUUCUCCUCUCCCAGACUGCAGGGACAUGAUAUCCAGCAUCAAAGCCAUGAAGAUUUUGAAG